AUGACAACCCCUUUCGAAAAAGCCCUUUUUUUAAUCGACGCCGCCCACAGUCUCGACCCCAAAAAAGUCACCCCACCCAACCAAGAUGAAAUCCCCUACGAACUCCUCUACGCCAACAAAAUGACCAAAUACCUCUCCCUUCGCUCCCCCUCCGCCUCCGACAGCCUUCGCCUCGCUGUGCGCGCCCAGCACCUAAAAAGGUGGGAGGUACCCCGCGCCGAGUUCCCCGCGACGAAGAUCGGAUACCACUCGUGGCGGACGCACCUCGCACGGCGGCAAGCGGAUAUCGUUGCAGGGAUGUGCGUGGAGGCUGGGUAUGAGGCGGAGUUUGCGGAAAGGGUUGCGGCGCUUGUGAGGAAGGAAGGGCUGAGGGGUGGAGAGGAUGAGGAGGUGCAGGUUCUUGAGGAUGUGGCGUGCUUGGUGUUUCUGGAGGAUCAGUUGGAGGAGUUCCAGAGUGGAUAUGAGGAGGAGAAGGUGAUUGGGAUUCUGCAGCGGACUUGGGUGAAGAUGAGUGAGAGGGGAAGGGAGUUGGCGUUGGGGAUGGAGUUGAAGGAGAAAAGUAGAGAGUUGGUGAAGAGGGCGCUUGCUGAUGCGUAG